AUAACAAUGAUAUUUUAUUUCGAAAUUUUGUUGAAAUGCUUUCAGGCAUUGCUUUAGUACCUGUAAAUGAUAUUGAUUCUGCUUGGAAUAUAGUAAAAAAUUAUUAUAAUGUAAAAAAUGAACAAGUAGAUCAUUUAAUCAAGUAUAUUAAAGAUAACUGGUUAAAUAAUAAUAGACCUUUGUAUAGAAGAGAAAUAUGGUCUUAUUAUGAAACGCUUAGAGGACGAACUAAUAAUUCUCUAGAAAACUUUCAUAGUAAACUUAAUAAAUUGAUUAAUAAAAAUACCGCCGAUUUUUUAGAUGUAUUGCACUAUUUAAAAGAAUGUUUAAUACUGUCUAAUAUUGAACUCAGAAGAUUGAUUGAUGAAGGAAAAAAUAAGCUUAAGAAAAGAGUAUAUAUAGAACAAGAUAAUAAAAUUUAUAGGCUUUGGAAUUCUUAUAAUAAUAAUUUAAUAAAUUAA